AUGAAAAUACAUUUUUUCAUACUUCUAAUCCCUUUAGUUUGGGCUAAAAAUGAGGAAGUGGCAGGGUGGAAAUCUUACUUCGUUAGACCUACAAGUUAUGAUCAACUUAAAAAUUUAAAUCACAUAGUUGAGAAACUGAAUUUAGACUUUUAUCAGCAUGCUGCUGUAAAUCGUGAGGGUCUAGUGUUUGUGCAACCAGAAGAUAAGCAUUUUACAAAUGAAUUGAAAAACGCAGGAAUAUCUUAUAGAAUUCAUGCCGAAGAUUUAAAAGCACACUUUGACUUUGAAGAUAAGACUUUCAGAUCCAUAAAUGUAGAAAGUAAUAGGUUUGGUGGUAAUUUAUCAUAUGAUCAAUAUCAAACUGUAGAAACGAUUUAUAAGUAUUUAGAAGAUAUUGCAGAAGAAUAUCCAGAUAUAGCAAAAGUUGUAACUCCUAGAAAUUCAUAUAAUGGCUUACCCAUAAAAUACAUGAAAAUAUCAACGACUAAUUUUGAAGAUCAUAGCAAGCCUAUCAUAUUUAUUGAUGGAGGUAUUCAUGGGAGAGAGUGGUUGACCAUUCCACCUGUAACGUAUGCUGUGCACAAGCUAGUUGAAAAUGUGACGCAAAAUGAUCUUUUGGAUAGAUUUGACUGGAUUUUACUGCCUGUUGUAAAUCCAGAUGGUUAUAUGUUUUCUCGAGUUGUUAAUGCUCCUUGGAGAAAAACACGUUCGAUAGACAGUCAUCCUCUAAGUCCAGUAUGCCCUGGAGUGGACAUAGAUCGCAAUUUCGAUUUUGUGUGGAAUACUGUUGGAACAAGCGAAAUGCCUUGUUCCUAUGUGUAUCCUGGAAUGAAAGCAUUCUCGGAAGUAGAAACUACAGUCGUCCGAGAUAUUUUGAAAGAAAACAAUAGAAUAUUAAUGUAUAUAUCCUUUAGUAGUUUCGGCAGUCAAAUCUUAUACCCUUGGGGGCAUAACGGCACAUUAUCAAAUCAAGGCUUCGCUUUACACAGUGUCGGAAUCAGUAUAGCCGAUACUAUAAAUAGGAACAAGUUGCCAUAUUUUUUAAAUUAUGUGGUGGGUAAUGCUGCUUUAGUAAGAGGUGCUGAAAUGUCCGGGACUUCGAUAGAUUAUGCUCACUAUGUAGGUGUACCAUUAGCUUAUUCUAUUGAAUUGCCUGGUCUUUUUGGUGGAUACUUCAUGUUUCCAAUUUAUAUUAAGCAAGUCUGUUUCGAAACCUGGGAAGGAAUUGUAAGUGGCGUUAGACGAGCUAGUGUGUUGUUUGGA